AAGAAUGAAGGUCCCCACACUACUCCUGACGGCCACCGCCGCGUCGGCGCUGGACUACCUCUCCUCACUGAAGACCCAGAGCGUCCGCGCGCCACCCGCACCACCCGCGAGCGUGCCCGCGACCCGCGCGGAGCUUGUGGCCCAGUGGCGCGCCGCGUGCGACGCCGAGGUCACGAGCUACGCGGACUUCGGCCUCCGCGUCGCGCCCGCCAAGGCGCCGCCGCUCGAGGCCGUCGUCGCGGCGCCCGCCAAGGCCGUCUCAACACCAACGCUGCCGAAGCUGAAGCUCCCCGAUACUCCAACGCUGCCGAAGGUCGACGUGCAGCUCCCGAAGGAGGGGAAGGAGGUCGCGCUCGCGGCCUUCGCGCUCGCCACCGGCGCGGCCGCGUCGGCGCUCAAGGCGGCCGCGGCGGGCCCGCGCGAGCGCGAGCGCGCGGCGAGCUAUUCUGGAUCUGGCGACAAGCUCGAGGCGCUCGUCGCGGGCAGCGCCGUCGCGGCGUGCGCGGCGGCGGUCUGCGGCUGCGGCGGCGCGCUCUCGCUGCUCUUCGGCGGCGUCGUCCUCGCGCACGGGUUGCUCGACGCGGCCGCCGACGGCGCCGUUUUGGCGCGCUGGGCGGGCCGCCGCGCCAUCACGGCGGGCGGCGACAUGUUCGCCUCGGCCAAGGCCGGCGGCUGGGAGUUCGACGCUGGAAUGCCCAGAAAGGCGUGGGCCUGGGUCCGCGCGGCCUGGGACGAGGCCGGCGACGCGAUGAAGGACGCCCUGGAGCGCGGGCGGCAGGGGGCCCGGGAGACGCCGGCGCGCGCCGCCGCGGCUGCUGCUGAGGCAGCGCAGGCGGCCGCGUUGGCUGCGGACGCCGACCUCUACUCCGCGCUCGAGAUCAAGGAGAAGAAGCAGCGCGAGCUCGAGGUGCUCGUCGAUUACGUGGAAGAUCGUGUCCGCGUCGCCGGGCCAGCGCGCGCGGCCGUCGUGCUCAACGCGCGCAAGGUCGCGUCGACCGUGAACCAGGAUGCCACCGGCCGCAUGCUCGGCUCCGGGAUAGAUGAGCCGAAGCGCCUCUCCCGCUGA